AUGUCCUGCGGUCUAGAGAGAGUGCUAGAAGUGCUGAUGGGGGAAUCGAACUGGCUCAAAGUGCGGUCAGACCUUUACCCAGGGUCUGGCUGCGACGUGCCCCUGUCAGCGGGCAGCGAGGAACCGCAAGACUGGGACCCUGCCACACCCUGCUUCCCUGAGACCCCAAAAGGGGAGUCCACACUCCAAGAGAGAGAGGUGGAUUCCCCCAGAAGAGGGUUGGACUCGCCCGCCGCCCACGAGGACUCCACCGCCGCCACGAAUGGCCACCACAGGCCGGAGGACGACCUCGACGACGCGUCGUGCCCUGGCGUCACCCUUGACCUCUCGACGGGGCGCUCGUCCGCCACGCCCACGUCAGCCUCCACUCCGCCCACGCUCGGCGCCCAGCACGAUGCCACAGACCUCAGCCUCGAGGAGAAGGACCCGCAGCCCCUCGACCUCAGCGCCAAGUCUCAGCUGAGCAUCAAGUGCGAACACCCGCCUCCCGUCUCGAGUCACCCUCCAAGUACCACUGUUCUUUUCCCUUUCGAGGCUAAGACAACGCCCUCUCUCGAUACAAAAAUAUCUUCUAAUAGGGGAAGACGGAAGGGCGACCUGAGUAAGCGGUCCUACACUGAGGACGAACUGCAGGCGGCGCUGCGGGACAUCCAGAGCGGUAAGCUGGGCACGAGGAGAGCGGCCGUUAUAUACGGGAUCCCUCGGUCGACGCUCAGGAAUAAGGUGUACAAGCUGGCGACGGAGCGCGAGCGGAACAAGAAGCUGGCGGAGCAGAACGAGGGCCAGGCGUUCCCUCCGUACCACAACGGGGUGUCCGCCGCCGACGUCCAGGGCGCCUCGUCCGAGCUCCCGCGGCUGGAGGACGACAGCGUCGCCUCCCCGGAGUCCUUCAGAACGCUGCUCAAGAACAAGAUGGCGGAGAAACUGGAGGAGAUGAGCCGGAAGGGCCUGGGCGGCGGGGACGAGAAGAGAGUGGUGGAGUCGGCGCUCAAGUACCUGAUGGAGAAUAUCCCUAAGCUUGCCCUCAACAAAGACAAUAAGGAAGUGUCGACGGAGGUUCUGAGUAGCAUCUCCUUCUACCCUCAGCUAAGCGACUUCAUCAAGAAGGUGGUCGAGGAGCGCUACAACGAAGAGCUGCAGAGAAGCAAGGAUGAAAGCUUCGACCUCAACGUGCCGUCCUAUUCCCUCUCCUGCAACGGCCUCCAGAAGGGGGACUCAGAACCCGCGUCCACGGAUUCCAAUCACUCUAGUCAGCCACUGAUCUCCUCCUUGUCUAAUCCCAACCUGAAGGAAAUGAUUGCUCAAAUGAUUGGGCAAAAGUUAGGGUGCGAGCUGCCGCCGGCGAAGGACUCGGCGCUGGCGGGGAACAGCAGCUCGGCAGCGGGGAAGCUGCAGCAGCCCUUGUCUUUCACGGCGGCGGCCGACGCCAAGCUCAACGGGGAGAAGCGCGAGCCGGCGGCCAAGAAGGGCGCGGCGGCCUCCACGGCCAGCGGCGGGAAGGGCUCCCGCCCCAAGCGAGGCAAGUACCGCAACUACGACCGCGACAACCUGCUGAAGGCCGUGCAGGCGGUGCAGAGCGGCGAGAUGAGCGUGCACAGGGCGGGCAGCUUCUACGGCGUCCCUCACUCCACCCUCGAGUACAAGGUCAAGGAGCGACACCUGAGCCGCGGCAAGAACAAGAACGCCACGCCCACCAGCGGCUGCUCCUCUCCGCUGGCCAAGGCCAAGAAGGAGCCCGCGAAGGCCACGGCGGACACCACCACCGCCGUCGCCGCCGCCACCACAAUCGAUCUCACGGAGGACGAGAAGAGCAAAGCGGGCGAGGCGCUGGAGAUCACGCCCGUGACCAAGAAGGCGCGCGUCGACGGCGACUCGGCCUCCUACCCGCCCUUCCCCCCGAUCUCGUCGACGCCGCUCUCCUCCGCGCCCAUGUCGCCGAGCCCCUUGGCCAGCAACCCGAUCCUGGCGAACCCGUUCUCGCUGUGGAACAGCGCCCCGAUGGUCCCGCCUUUCCUCGCCAGCUACCAGCAGGACUCGUUCUACGCGUCGCACAUGAUCCGCCGCUUCCAGGAGGCGGCGGCCAAGAGCAGCGGCAGCGUGGGCGCGCGCACGCCGCCCGCCACGGACCGCUCGUCGUCGCCCGCCGUGGCCCAGCCCGCGCUCGAGCUGCCCGCCACGCCGCCGUUCCAGGGCAGCGUGCUCGACGCCCUCCUCAGGGGCAAGACCACGUCGUCCGUGUCCUCGAGCCUGCUGAGCCUGACGAAGGGGCUCGUGAUGGAGCAGCAGCACCAGCAGCGCUCCGAGGACGACCCGACGCCGCCUCUCAUCCCGCCGCAGGGCUUCAUGGCCUUCUACACCCUCCCCGCCCUCGCCGCCCGCAACAGCCUGGUCGCCGCCCUCCAGCAGCGCCCUCCACCGCGGGAGAGCCUGAGGGAGGCGAGUCCCGAGGUGGACAUCCUGCCCCUCCCGCUCGUCAAGGAGUCGCGCCACCACCCCACGCCCGUCGCGGCGGACCAGCCACGCUUCGUAGGCCAGGCUCUCAAGCCCUGGCCUCGAUUUCCGAAGAGCCUACAAGCCCGUCCACGUAGAAUGUCCCCUGAAAUGGGAAGACAAAUUGAAUUGGACAAUAGAAAACGGAGGCUGGGUUUCACUAUGGACGAUCCUCACAUUGAGCAUUUCUCGGGUCUCUUCUCGAUUGCAUUUUUUCUCCUUCACAACCACCUGAACACGCUCUUGGUCGCCCUCGUCAUCAUUAGCCAGUCAGAGGGAACGUGUCAAACUGUCAUCCUCCGGUCUUUGAACAGGGCGGAGUUCCCGUCGUCCAAAUAG